AGCAAUGGCCAAGAACAGCACCUAUUAUGAGUGUUAUGAGCCGAUGAUCCAUCACCGGCCACCCGUCAACUCCUCUUUCAAUGCCUCAAGUGACUCUUCGGAUGAGGGGAGCCCUACCAAUGCCAGCUCAGUUUUUGUCAAUGUCAAUGGAAGUCUGGGUCUUUAUGAUAAGUAUCCUCGCCAAGAAUUUCUAGAUUUUGAUUAUGUAGAAGAAGAUCGCAUUAUGAUGGAAAGUGAGAAUAAUGCCGUGAUUGAUACGACUGCCAACUCUUCUGGUUUAAAUGCGACUUCUGAAGAAAACACCAACAAGAAUGGACUCCGCCUUGUGGAUAACAUUGGACCCCAUUUUGAUAAAAACGUAACAGUGAGUCAUGUCAUCCCUGAAAAUCAGAACGCUGCCACCUUUGUCGUAGAAGAUGAAACUGACGAAGACUUUGAGAGUUUUUACUUUGAGGACACUUUCUAAAUGUCCCUUCGAGAAAUCUGCCUCUGCUAAAGUACCGUAUUCAACAUUUGCCAAAUGAAUUGCUUAGUAGUAUAGUAUGUAGCUUAUUAGUUUAGCAUAUAGCUUAGUAGUGAACUAUAUAGUAGUAUAUAUAGUAGUGCAGUAAAGCAAACUUAGUAGAGGCAGUUCUAUUAAAAUAGUAAAUAACCUAUACUUAGAUUUAAAAGGAUUUAAAAUAGUAAUCCAACCCCUCUGGGAGAUCGACCAAGAAUUAAAAAAAUAAUAAUCUUUUGCAUUUUGUGAUUAGGCUGUCGUUUUCCUUUUUACUUAUUCCUAAAUAGUAAUCUUAGAAAUUACAGUUAGUAUUUUACGACAAUGAAUUGUUAUUUUAUUUUAUCAAUUUUUUACAACGAAUAAUCGUAUUUUCCAGAGGGGUUUGUAUGUACCCAUAUAUAUAUAUUAAGUUUAAAUGCUAUUCUGUGACAAAGGUUAUCUUUUUGGUUUACUACACGUAAAAUAGUGUCUUAUAUAUAAAUAUUAUCAAUAAUUCAUUCUUGUAAUCACGAAAAUAAGAAUAAGGCUCAUAAAGUUAUUUACAUUUAAUUGGUAAUCAGGAGGCUAUAACAAGAACAUGAAGUCAGAUUAUUUCAAAGGUUGGUUUUAACCACGUAGGUUUUAUUCAUACAAAAUUAUUAAAGUACCUGCUUGUUGAUACGUUUACCCAAGAAUUAAUGAAUAGUGGGAGAUUUAAAUUGCGACCAAAGUCAAUGCCAAAUAUAGCGAUAUGUUUAUUUAAUUUGGUUCAAGUUUUAUCAUAAAUAGAACAUUUGUCAAAAUUAGGGUAAAUCUCUA